AUGAUAACCCAUGCCUCCUCUUAUGAACUGCUUAGAAAACUUGAAUUGUUAGAAGAACCCUGCGCAAAGAUUGCUCGUGACGAUCAUCUUCACCUUAUUCGUCAAAAUUUACGAAAAUAUAUAAAAGAAGCUUUUGAUAGAAAUCAAAAACAAUAUAAUUUACGCACUAGACUACAAUCUUUUGCUGUAAAUCAAGAAGUUUUUAGGCGCAAUUUUGCGCAAAGCAAUAUGGAAAAAGGUUUUAAUGCCAAAUUAAGCCCAAUGUUUAUCAAAGCUCGAGUUCGCGAGAAAGUCGGUAACCACUACUACGUUUUAGAGGACAUGCAAGGAAAACUUGUCGGAACCUUCCAUGGCAAGGAUAUUCGUGCAUAA